GAAGGCCUGGAAAGCUGGAUGCAGGAAUUGCACAACUGACAGAGCUUCAGAGGCACAGGAGAAACAAAACAAAAAACAAACUUUUUAAUUUGAAGAAAUACAUCUUCUCUUAGUCAGAAAAUGACAAUAAAUGUACUGUUUGCGUUUAAAUGUUUAAAUUUCCUUGUGCUGGAAAAGGAAAAAAACUUGAAUAAGCUUUGUUUCUAUUUAUAGUUUGCUAAGGGCUGGAUUUAGGAAUUGUAAAACUGCACAGCUACAUUUUUAUGCAGUAGAGGAAACCUGGAAUAUUUAAUGGAUUCAUCAGUGCCUUUACUAAGGAAUGGUUGCUUUUAACUUAGUCUUUUGAUGACCCAUAUAUAAUUGAGCAAGAACUGAAUCGUCUUUGGGGAGCAUCAACUUUUUCUGAGACCCUUCUGAAGCGGACAUAUGGAUUAAGAUUUGAAUGCAGGCAUUUGUAAUAUUAGUUUCUCUGCUUCUCUUAGAUUUUACAGACAUAUUGAAUACUUGGAACUGAAAGUUAUUAGUCCAGGUCUGCAAUGUGGACUUUACAUAAAUUUUCAUGUGGAGACGGUCAUAUUGCAUAUUUUUUUAUAGUAUCAUUUGUGUGCAGUAUCUCAUCUGAUCCAUGAGGAUGCAUCGCUUUGAUAAACUGAAGAAAUCCAUCCCUUUCCUUGCACAUUUCCAUGCUUACAAAAAACUGGGCAGUAGCAUGCAGUCAGAUGAGGGUACAGAGUGGCUCCUUGAACUUCUAACAGAGGUGCAGCUUCAGCAGUAUUUCCUACGCAUACGUGAUGAUCUUAAUGUCACCCGCCUCUCACAUUUUGAUUAUGUAAAAAAUGAAGAUCUUGAAAAAAUCGGCAUGGGCCGUCCAGGCCAAAGACGUCUAUGGGAAGCAGUAAAAAGAAGAAAAGCUUUCUGCAAGCGAAAAUCUUGGAUGAGCAAGGUAUUCAGUGGAAAGAGACCCGAAUCUGAGUUUCAAGCUCAACCUACUACUACUUUCCGCAAAGUCACAACCCCUCCCCCACCAGAGGGUCAACAGGCCCUUACCUGCCUCAUAAGCGAGAAGGACCUCACACUCUUUGAAAAGCUUGGAGAUGGCUCCUUUGGGGUGGUAAAACGAGGAGAAUGGUUCACACCAACUGGUAAAGUGAUAAGUGUUGCAGUGAAAUGCUUAAAAACAGAUGUUCUUAAUCAGCCAGAUGCUUUGGAUGACUUCAUCAGGGAAGUUAAUGCUAUGCACUCUCUAGAUCAUCAAAACCUGAUCCGGCUAUAUGGUGUUGUACUCACACACCCCAUGAAAAUGGUCACAGAACUGGCACCAUUAGGCUCUUUGCUGGAUCGUUUAAGAAAGAAUCAGGGACAUUUUCUAAUAUCAACGCUUUGUCAAUAUGCCAUUCAAAUUGCCAAUGGUAUGGCUUACCUGGAAUCAAAGAGAUUUAUCCAUCGGGAUUUAGCAGCCAGAAAUAUCUUGCUAGCAUCUAAUGAACUUGUCAAGAUUGGUGAUUUUGGACUAAUGCGUGCACUUCCUAAAAAUGAUGAUCAUUAUGUUAUGCAAGAACAUCGCAAGGUUCCCUUUGCCUGGUGUGCUCCUGAAAGUUUAAAGACCCGUACAUUUUCUCAUGCAAGUGAUACCUGGAUGUUUGGUGUCACUCUUUGGGAAAUGUUUACUUAUGGUCAGGAACCUUGGUUGGGACUCAAUGGUAGUCAGAUCCUUCAUAAAAUUGACAAAGAAGGAGAAAGAUUGACAAAGCCUGAGGACUGUCCUCAAGACAUCUAUAAUGUAAUGCUGCAGUGCUGGGCACAGAAGCCUGAUGACCGGCCCACUUUUAUAGCACUACGGGAAUUUCUAGUAGAGACAAUGCCUACAGACAUGCGAGCACUUCAAGACUUCGAGGAGCUUGACAAGCUGCAGAUUCAAAUGAAUGAUGUCAUUACAAUCAUUGAGGGCAGGGCAGAGAACUACUGGUGGAGGGGCCAGAAUAAAAGAACCUUAAAAGUGGGACAGUUUCCCAGGAACACCGUCACUUCGGUGGCGGGAUUAUCAGCACAUGAUAUCAGCAGACCUCUCAAAAACAGCUUCAUCCAUACAGGACAUGGAGAUACCAACCCUCAACACUCCUGGGGAUUUCCAGAUAAAAUUGAUGAGUUGUACUUGAGCAAUCCAAUGGAUCCCCCAGAUGUUUUAGGAAUGGAUAUAAUGGCAGCAAGACCCACUCAGUUGCCUGGAAGGGCGAAAAAGGAGCCUCCUCCACGCCCUCCUCAACCAGUCAUCCUAAUCAAGAGUAAGUCUGGCCACUCGUUCUGGUCUAAAAGCUGUUCCUGCUCUCUCUGUUUCAUUCUAGCCCCACUCUUUAAAGAACCUUGCUAUGACCCAGUAGCAGAAGAGGAAGAUUCUGCUGCUAACCUAAAGAAAAUGUCACUAAGGAAACAAGGGCCUGUUAAGGGUCUUAAACUUAAACCUGCUGCUCGAGUCUGUGCAACAAAGAUCAGUGAUAGACAGUGCUUCGGUGGAAAAAGCAUAGUAGCUCAGGCAAAUGAAAUUUCAUUGAUUGACUUUGAAGAUGAGGUUCCACCAUCUACUCCUUCUCCUAUCAUGGAGCUAACAAUUCCAGCACUGGCAAAAUUAGUGUUGGACACUGACAGUAUAUUGGAUAAAACCCCUCCGCAGAGUCCCACAAGGUUUCUUCCUAGACCCCUUCACCCUACACCUGUUGUUGACUGGGAUUCCAAACCCUUACCACCCCCACCUGCUUAUGACGACGUUGCUCAGGAUGAGGAGGAUAUUGAAGUUUCUUCGAUAAAUAGUUCUGAACAAGUUAUGACAGACGAAAGGUCAAAAUAUGAUAUGGUUAAUCUCCACAAAACCAAAGACAAGGGAGAAACAAACUUUGGCUUUGUUCAGGAAGCUGACUUGGUAGAAAGACUAAAAGUGGAGGACAACCUGUUCUUGCCUUGUCAUCAGAAGAGACGGACAAGCUUAUCUCAGUCAACUGAAAUUUUUGAGGAACUACAACAAGAAUGCAUGAAAAGAUUAAAUGUUCCUGCUGGUUUUUCUCAGCCUUCCACACCAAGCCCCACAAAUCCGGAUGUUCACAAACAGAUAUUUUUACCAUCUGCUGAAGAAAAACCACAGAUUCCACCUAGGAUACCUAUCCCACCACGGCCUGCUAAACGAAAUGAGUAUGGUCGAUGGUCUGGUGAUCUUUCUCCUGGUUCAGUGGGAGAGGAUGACAAACCGCCACAGCUACCCCCAAGAGACCCCUUAUCACAGCCUAAUUCUCGAACUCCUAGCCCCAUGAGUCUCAAUGUGGGAUCUCCUCAACAAAGAUGCAGCCUUAGUUCAGCCAUGUCAUUUGGUUCAUAUCUUUCCACUUCACCUGGCAAACCUAUGCCAACUACCCAGAGCUUUGCAUCAGACCCCAAAUAUGCUACCCCAAAAGUAAUUCAGGCUCAAGGGAAGGACUGUAGCAAAGGACCAUGCAUCUUACCAAUUGUUAAAGAUGGAAAAAAAGUGAGCAACACGCAUUAUUACCUUCUUCCAGAAAGACCUCCCUACUUGGAUAAGUAUGAGAGGUUUUUUAAGGAGGCUGAAAGCACAGAGGACAUCUCAUCCAGAAGAACUGUUACAACAGCAACUGUACGACCCAUGGUCCAGCAAAAUGAUGUCAAAACAAACUUCUCUUCCAAUAACAGCAAUUUGGGUGCCAAAAAUGUGAUGAAGACCUCCUAUAGUCUCCAGAAAAUUACCUUUGAUGGAUCUGUUGGAAAAACUGAAGGAAUCAAGCCAUCGGAUAAAAUCAAACUAGUGCAGGAAACAGUCCAUGGAGUCACUAUAGAGGAGUGCCAGGCUGCUCUGCAGAGUCACAACUGGAAUGUUCAUAAAGCAAUACAGUGCCUCAAGGUUGAACAGUUGUUCUGCCUGGGCCUGAAAACAAGAGCAGAAUGUCUUAAAAUCUUAGAAAUGCAUGACUGGAAUCUGGAACUGGCAAGCUCUCAACUUCUGGAGUCGUACAGCACUGUGAGGCAAAGAUCACAUGGACGGCUGGAGCAUGUACCUUGUUUACCUGAGGAAGAGAUGGCAGCAGAAUGCACUAUGGGAGGAAGGCGAUGACAAAUGACUAAAGAAGCAUGAUGCUCUGAUAUCUUCGUACACUUUUUUUCCUUUGUCCUUUUUCCCCACACAGCAUGUGGAUGGCUGCUUGACUACAAACAAAACCUCAAAAAAACUGUCUGUUUGGGAUUAGCUUCUCUGAUCAAAAGGUCAAAUUUCAACCAGUACAGUGUUUUAUUCUAGAACUAUUGUACUACUAAAAAAUGUGCUUUGUCUAGAAGAAAAUUUGUAAAACAAAAAUUAUAAAACAUUUGUCAGUAGAGCAUAUAUCAAGUACACCAAAAACAAUCUGAAUUUUUCUGCUGUUGGUCUGUUAGGUUUGCAUCAUUGUUUGACUGAAUUUUUUUUAGUAGUUUAAUUUUAAAAAUGAUUUGUGAAAAAUAUUUGAGUGGUAUUUUUUUUUAACAUGAAGCCAAAAGAUUUUCAUAAUGAUUUCAACGUGCACAGUGCUACUGUAUUUCUUCAGACAGUAGAGGUGCAGCAAGGAAUACAUUUUGUCUUGUAAAGUUUCUGAACAAAGACAUUGAUGUUUGAUAAAGCAGUGGCUCUGGGCUCCAAACUGUAAACCAUAUUUUUUUUUUGUUUUGCAUUAUUCUUUGUAAUUUUUUUUUUAUUUGAAUUUUACAGAAUUUGUUGAAGUUUGUUGCUUUAUAUAAAUGUUUAUGUCUCUAUACCCAGAAGUAGAUCAAAGGAUUGUUACUUGAAGCACACUUCAUGGAAGCCUUUUAAUAUAUAUAUAUAUAUAUAAAAUAUUCUUUAAAAAUAAUGCAGUAACACUUACAUACAAUUGCCAUGUAAACAAUUAUAAUAAUAUGAACACACAUGUCAUACUUUUAAGAUGAUACUGAAGAAGUCUCUUUAAUAAGAAGCUCCUACAGAAUCCAAAUGCUAGCUUAUAUUUAUUUAUAUAUUUAUGUUUAAUGUCUAGGCUGUAAAAUGAUUUCAUUUUGUUGUUGGAGAUCAUGGUUAGAAUACCAAUGAAAGCCCAACAACAUUAAACAACUUCCCUUAGGUAUGUGCUAUAAAAAAAACAUGUUUUAUAAUAUAUAAAAAAAAAUGUCACAUCACAGAAUUGUCAUUUUUCUACAAAUGUUAGGGAGAAUGUGUGUUACAAGCAUCAUUGUAGGAAAACUAAACAGUUUACCAGAGAAUUUCGAUAGGGCACUACUCAUGCUGAAAAAACGAUUAACCUAAAGAAGCAGGGACCACCUUUACUGCUGAAGCUGGCAGCUCAUUCAUUAAUCCACUUAAAGUAAAAAAAAAAAAA